AUAUCGUGCUCGCUGCUUGUGAAAGCAAUUCAAUUCUCCCAAGGAUCUUUUGAUAAACAACUUUGUAUUUUUUUAAUUUGAUUGUUUCGCUGCAUCUGAAUCCUUUUCCCGGAUCACUUGAUAAAAUCUGUAAGGUGAGGAACAGAUUCGGCACCGAUUGAGCCAAAAGGAACCAGGGUAAACGGUCAAGAUGGGCACGUCGACAAGAUCCGAGUCACCGUCCGAGAGGCAGCGCUCAGGCAAAGUGGAAAAAUCUGCCAGCAGGAGGUCGGAGACGCAUGGAGACAAGGACGAAGGACGUUCGGAGCGUCGCAGACGGCAUUCUCGAAGUCCAGACCGCGCGCGGAAACACAGAAUGUCAAGGUCUCCAAGACGCAGGUCAAGAUCAAGGGACAGAAGGAACAGACGGAGAAGUCAUUCAGAAGACAAGGAGAAUCAAAAAGAUAAGAAAACAGAGACACCUGUUGACCCCAAGGCAGCUGCAGAGGCGGCAAACAAAAAAGCUAUGAAGGACCUGCUGACGUCCAGGACAGGUGGUGCUUACAUCCCUCCUGCGAAGCUCCGGAUGAUGCAGGAGCAAAUCACAGACAAGAGCAGCAUUGCUUAUCAGCGUCUGGCCUGGGAAGCACUCAAGAAGUCCAUCACUGGUCUCGUCAACAAGGUCAAUCUUGGCAACCUGGGGAUAAUUGUGCGAGAGCUUUUCAAGGAGAAUGUUGUCCGAGGAAGGGGCUUGCUAACAAGGUGCAUCAUCCAGGCGCAAGUCUCGUCGCCAACUUUCACCCACAUUUAUGGUGCUCUUGUAGCUGUCAUCAAUAGCAAGUUUCCCAAAAUUGGAGAGCUUUUGCUGAAGCGACUUGUGAUCCAAUUUCGAAGGGGUUUUAGACGAAAUGACAAAACCCUUUGCAUCUCAUCAGUAAAAUUCAUCGCCCAUUUGGUCAACCAGUGUGUUGCACAUGAAAUUUUGGCCCUGGAGAUUUUGACGCUUCUAGUGGAAAAUCCAACUGAUGACUCUGUAGAAGUUGCCAUCGCUUUUCUGAAGGAGUGUGGUGACAAACUCACUGAGGUUUCCUCCAAAGCACUGCACUCCAUUUUCGAAAUGCUUCGAAACAUUCUGCACGAAGGAAAAUUGGAUAAAAGGGUGCAAUACAUGAUUGAGGUCAUGUUUCAAGUACGUAAAGACGGCUUCAAGGACAAUAAAGCAGUAGAGGAAGGUUUAGAUGUGGUCGAGGAGGAGGAUCAGUUUACACAUCUUAUUACCCUCGAUGAAGCGACUGAUCCGCAGGAUACUUUGAAUGUUUUCAAGUUUGACGCCGAGUACGAAGCCAAUGAGGAAAAGUACGCCCAGCUGCGUAAAGAACUUCUUGACGAGUCUUCCGAUGAAAGCGGAGCCAGUGGGGAUGAAAGCGGUUCGGGAAGUGAGGAUUCUGAAGGGGAGCAAACUCAAGAAGCACAGCAGACUAUCAUAGACAACACUGAGACUAAUUUGGUUGCCCUUCGAAGGACCAUCUAUCUGACCAUUACCUCCAGUCUUGAUUUUGAGGAGUGUGCCCACAAGCUCAUGAAGAUGACGCUGAAACCUGGUCAGGAAAAAGAACUCUGUCACAUGUUCCUCGACUGUUGUGCGCAACAAAGAACCUAUGAAAAGUUUUAUGGUCUUUUGGCGCAGCGUUUCUGUCAAAUCAACAAGAUCUACAUUGAUCCCUUCCAGCAAAUUUUCAUGGACACUUACAGCACCGUUCAUCGACUGGAGACAAAAAUGUUACGAAACGUGGCCAAAUUCUUUGCUCACCUUCUGUUUACGGAUGCAAUAUCCUGGGAAGUGCUCAGUUGUGUUCGAUUGACUGAAGAAGAUACAAACAGCUCAUCACGGAUUUUCAUCAAGAUCCUCUUCCAAGAACUUUCGGAGUAUAUGGGCCUCAAGAAGUUAAACGAGCGCAUCAAAGAACCACUUCUCCAACCUGCUUUUGAAGGACUUUUCCCGAGGGACGAUCCACGAAAUUCUCGAUUUUCAAUCAAUUUCUUCACAUCAAUUGGUCUUGGUGGCCUAACGGAUGAACUUCGUGAGCAUUUGAAAGCCAUUCCGAAACCUGCGCCUGCACCGAUAGAAGUAACAUCGAGCAGUUCAAGCUCCAGCUCGUCAAGCAGCGAUUCUUCAGAUUCCUCUUCGUCAGAAGAUUCUGACUACACAGCUAGUCGGAAAAGUAAGGACAAGAAGAAAAAGUCUGAAAAGAGCCGCAAAGACAAAGAUUUGACAGAAGAUUCGAAGGGACGUCCUGAAGUGAGAGAUGAAAAAAGAAGCAAAAAAGAAAGUAGAGGGCGCGAACGCAAAAACUCUGGUGAGGAUGAGAGGAAUGACAGGCGUCAUUCUGGAUUGAGAAUGGACAGAGAGGAUUUGAGGGUAAAGGACAGUCGUAGGAAUGACGACAAAAGGAGGAGAGACAGAGACGACUUGAAGCAAAGGGAAAAGGACCAAGACCUCCCUAAGGACAAGAAGGAAAGGUCUCGAGAUGAAAUGUCCAAGCAGAAGCAUCAGAAGAGCGUUGAGAGCAGUUCUGAGGAAGGUGAAAUGAGAGAUUUUCAACAUAGCAAGCGCAGUCUGAAGAAGAGAAAAAGCAACUCAAAAUCUAGUGAUGAAGACCAAAAAUCCCCAGAUGUUAGAGGAAAGAAAAGGCGCGAAGAAAAGCCAAAAGAAAAGCAGCAUCACAAGGAGACAAAAGAAGACAAGAAAAGGGGGAAAGAGAAGAGAAAACGAGAGAGUUUGAGUGAAGGGGAAGUCGAACAAAAGAGGCCAAGAGAGAACAGUGGAGAUCAGCAUAGACCUCAUGCUCAUGAUCAACACAGAGAGGAGGAAAGAAACAAAAAGUCUGCUAGAGACAACAGCAAGUCCCGCAGAAAUGAAGAGCAUCUUAGCGAGGAACGUAGAAGCAGGAAAAACGUUGAGGAAGAAAGACCUAGGCCUGACACGGAACGUCGCAGGAGAGACGAGCCACAAGAAAGACAGCAAAGGUCUAGAGAUGACAAUGGGCGCAAACAAGACCGCCCGGAUCCCAGGGAAAGUAGAAAUGAUCGAGACAACGACAGACGCAAACAGGACCACCAAGAAUACAAGAGAAAAGAGAGAGUCGAUGACAGACAUCCGUAUGGCCAUCGUAGAGACUUGGAGGACCAUUUGGAUGACAAGGAACAUGAUAAUAGACGGCCAAAGAGAGACGCUGCGCCUGUGGAAAAGCCUCGUCGUUAUUAUGGCGAGUCUCCCGAGCCAGAAUUGAAAGGCAGGCGAGUUGCUGAAGAGUCCAAAAAGCGCAGGGACAAUUCUUCCAGUGAUGAGGAAGAUGAAGAUGAGCGCAGGCAGAAGCUCUUGAAAAUGGUGGAGGAGUUGAAAAGGAAGGUGGACGAAAAUAAAAGAAAGAACGCAGAGGACUCUUCGUCGUCGUCUUCAUCUUCGUCAUCAUCUUCUUCGUCCUCGUCGUCCUCCUCGGACGAAGAAGAGAAGAAAAAGAAAAGCAAAAAGACUGCGCCCAAAAAGAAAAGCAAAAAGUCUUCAUCCUCUUCUUCCUCCUCGAGCAGUGAGGACGAGAAGGUAUCCAAGCCAAAGGAGAGAAAAGAUGUUCCGAGAAAAGAAAGGGAGGAAAGGUUGGCUCAGCACCUGAAGGAUGACAAAAAUCGGCCCCGAGAAGGCAGGGACCGCCGAGAUGAUAGAGAUGAUCGUAGACGCCGUCGAUAAUUUUUAGGAAUGAAAACUUAGCCUCUAACUUUUAUGAUUUUCUUGUGUACACUGAAUAAAACUCGUCUCAUAAUGAAAUUUUUGACAAAUAAUAAUUUU